AUGGCCGUCCAACAGCCUCCUCCCGAACCGCCUCCGCCGCCGUCGCCUCCGCGGGCGCCCGUGCCCGAACCGGCGGCGAUGAAGUUGACCAGGGGCCACUCGUGUGUCUUGUGCCAGCAGCGAAAAGUGCGCUGCGACAAGCAGAAGCCGUGUGCCAACUGCGUCAAGGCCCAGGUCGAGUGCCGCGUAAUCCCGCCGCAGCCGCCCCGGCGCCGGAAGAAGAAGCCGCAUGAGCGGGACCUCAUCGAACGCCUCCGGAAGUAUGAGUCCCUGCUGUCCCAGCACGGCGUCAACUUCGAGCCCAUCGCCCAUGACUUGAAGGUCUCCGACCGCGUGGACGAUGUGGAAGACCUCGAGCACGAUCUCACCGGCCUCAAGACCUCGCCAUCCAGCUCCGCUGACCAUGUCUCGCCGGGCCAGGGCCAUUACAAGCAAAAAUGGGCCCCCAUGAUGCGUGAGUACCGAGGGCCGGAUGAUGAUUCCUCGGACGAGGAUUACGAGGGACCGACACUACAUCAUGCGUACGAUACCAUGUUUGAGAACAGCGACGGCUUUCCGUUCGUUGUCGGCGGCUCCCCGGCCAGCGUGACCAAUGCCCACCCUGCAGGCAUCCAGAUACUCCAGCUCUGGCAGAUCUACAUCAGCAACGUCAACCCGCUGCUCAAGGUCACCCACGCGCCGACGUUGCAGGCGCAGAUCAUCAGCGCCAGCGCGAACCCGGCGAGAAUCCCAAAGCCUCUCGAAGCUCUGAUGUUUUCGAUCUACUUCGCGGCCAUCACAUCGCUGACCGAGGAGGAGGUUCAGAGCACAUUUUCGGAGGACCGGGCGAUCCUCCUCGGGAAGUUCCAUAAUGCCACACAGCAGGCGCUCGUCAAUGCUGGCUUUAUGCGGUCCUCCGAGUUGAUGGUUUUGCAGGCCUUCUUCCUAUACCUGCUUUGUGCCCGGCCCUAUGUCGACCCCCGAUCUAUGUUCGGCCUUCUCGGUUUAGCCUUUAGGAUAGCCACCCGGUUAGGCCUCCACCGAGACGGAACGCAUUCUGGUUUGUCGCCGUUCGAGGCAGAGCAGCGGAGGCGGCUGUGGUGGCAGAUUGUCAUCUUCGACAAGCGCAUUGCCGAAAUCACGGGCUCGACCGUCAACGCUCUCUCUUCGUGCGCCUGCGACACGAGAUUGCCGCUCAACAUCAACGACUCGGAUCUCAACCCCCAUGCCAAGGGUCAGCCAGGGUCCUAUGCCGGUCCUACCGAAAUGCUCUUCAGUCUCACCCGCAUCGAGCUCACCAUCGCGGCGUCGUCCGACAAUGUCCGUCGGUCUAUCACCACGCCCGGAGGACGGCCGUUGCACAAGCCGAUGGUGCACUACAGCCCAUCCCCUGCUUCUCCCGACGUGGUGUCGCACGUAGCCAAUGAGAGCCUGCCGGAAAACCUGGUCGCGUUCUGCUCGCAUAUGGAAAAUACGUACCUCAAACACUGCGAUCCGAAGAUUCCAUUACAUAAUUUCACGGUGUUGAUGACACGGCAAGCGCUGUGCAAGCUGCGCAUCAUCGACUUCCUGUGCCGCACAGCCAACGCCGACAAUGUCGACCAAAACGAGCGCGACGCUUACUUCAUGGAAGCCCUCCGCAUGGUCGAGUAUGACAACAUCAUCCAGAGCUCCGCCAUGUUACAGUGUUUCAGGUGGUACACGUACGCGCACUUCCCCCUGCCCGCCUAUCUCUGCCUGGUCUCGGAGCUGCGGCAUCGAACCACCGGCGAACUUUGCGAGCAUGCGUGGAAUGUCAUGAUCGAGAACCACGAACGGCGCGGCCUGCUGAGACGCCACAACCGCAACCCCUUGCACAUCGCCUUUGGCCGCUACUUUGAAUACCUUGGGCAGGCCGAGACGGGCCCCUCCUCCUCCUCCUCCUCCUCCCCCCAGGCGCUGAAUGCUGCUGCCAUGGUGGGAGCGUCCGGGGGGCAACAGGUCCCAGUGCAAGCUACGCUGCCACCCAUACAAGGCAGCGCCGCGGGCAUGCCCGCCGUCGGAGACAUGAGCGCUGGUUCCGCUAACAUGUCAGCCGGGAUCUACGCCAGCAAGCCGAUGCCACCACAGCAUACGACCGCACCUCAUAUGGGCAGCGUCAGUGCAGCGAACAGCAUGAUGACGGAUGACGCCAUGACCUAUCCGGGAUAUGACAGCAUGGGUCACGUCUUCUCCAACGCCGGGGGAAUGCAAGAUGCGGACAUGGCGGCGAUGGAUUGGAACUACCUCGUCCAGCUCAGUUCCAUGGGGGCGUUUAAUCCCACGAGCGGGUAUUACGUCCAAGGCACGGGGGCUUAA